AUGGAAGAAAAUAAUCGUUUUGAACUUCUUACUUUUCUGUCUAACGAUGAAGAGUCAGUAGAAUCUGCUUUUGUCGACGCGACUUCAUUAGAUCAAAUAUCUGAAAUAAAUAACAAACAACAAAUAAAAUAUUAUUGGGAUGUACCAGAAUACGUCGAGAAACCGAUUCCACGUUCAUUAAUAUUCAGCCAACAAUUAGAAACACCUCAAACUGUUAAAACAAAAAAGUCUUCAUGUUAUGUUACAAAUACAAAAUGUGACGAAAGAAAAGAUGAAGUUAAACCUUAUCCGACUGUUGAAGUUCAAAAUCAACCUACAACUUUUUCAUAUUAUCCUCCUCAACCCUACAAAUUCAAGCAAAAUUCAUCGAGUGAGUAA